UGCCAAUGGGCGUUAAUUAAUAGCCAAGCGGCCAACGCAACGCGGCGUAUCCCGAGACAGACGAGCGCGAAACGUUGAACUAAAGUUGAUUUUCAUUAAAAAUAUCAUCAACAAUUUAUAAAUUUUUUAUUUCCGGAGAAACUAUAAAUAAACAGCUUCAAAAUGGUGGUCAACUUCAAGGUGUUUAAGAAGUGUUCCCCGAACAACAUGAUCACGCUCUACAUGAACAGGCGUGAAUUUGUGGAUUCCGUCACGCAGGUGGAGCCAAUCGAUGGAAUCGUGGUGCUGGACGAUGAGUACGUGCGUCAGAACCGCAAGAUCUUUGUGCAACUGGUGUGCAACUUCCGGUAUGGACGCGAGGACGAUGAGAUGAUCGGUCUGCGGUUCCAGAAGGAGCUCACCCUGGUCUCCCAGCAGGUGUGCCCGCCCCAGAAGCAGGAUAUUCAGCUGACCAAGAUGCAGGAGCGUCUGCUCAAGAAGCUGGGCUCCAACGCCUAUCCCUUUGUGAUGCAAAUGCCACCCAGCUCGCCGGCCUCGGUGGUCCUGCAGCAGCGGGCCAGUGACGAGAGCCAGCCAUGUGGUGUCCAGUACUUCGUGAAGAUCUUCACCGGAGACAGCGACUGUGAUCGCUCGCAUCGUCGCAGCACCAUUAAUUUGGGCAUUCGCAAGGUGCAGUAUGCUCCCACCAAACAGGGCAUCCAGCCCUGCACCGUGGUCCGUAAGGAUUUCCUCCUUUCGCCCGGAGAACUCGAACUAGAGGUCACCCUCGAUAAGCAGCUGUACCAUCAUGGCGAGAAGAUUUCGGUUAAUAUCUGCGUGCGAAAUAACUCGAACAAGGUGGUCAAGAAGGUCAAGGCCAUGGUGCAGCAGGGCGUCGAUGUGGUUCUCUUCCAGAACGGACAGUUCCGCAACACGAUUGCCUUUAUGGAGACCAGUGAGGGAUGCCCCCUGAAUCCAGGCUCUAGCCUGCAAAAGGUCAUGUAUCUGGUGCCCACUUUGGUGGCUAAUUGUGAUCGUGCCGGCAUUGCCGUUGAGGGUGACAUCAAGCGCAAGGACACCGCCCUGGCCUCGACCACACUCAUCGCCAGCCAGGAUGCCAGGGAUGCCUUUGGCAUUAUUGUUUCGUAUGCUGUGAAAGUCAAGCUCUUCUUGGGCGCUCUUGGCGGCGAGCUCUGCGCUGAGCUGCCCUUCAUCCUGAUGCAUCCCAAGCCCAGCCGCAAGGCUCAACUGGAGGCCGAGGGCUCUAUUGAGGCUUAAAUUGUUAAUUAAUGGCUACCUCAAUUU